UCAUGCUGCUGCCAGGUCCACAGUGUCUCAUGGGUCCCUGUACGGCCUCCCAUUGCUGCUGUCUCCAUCGUCCACACUCUGCCAUGUGCCACUUUCAGGUCUCCUCACACUGCUGCUGGGUUCCAUUUUGUCAUAGGUGCUGGCAGAUUACGGGCGUCUCCCAUUGCUGCUGCCAGGCCCCUAAUCUGCCAUGGGCCCCUGUACCGCCUCCUCAUGCUGCUGCCAGGUCCACAGUGUGUCAUGGGUCCCUGUACGGCCUCCCAUUGCUGCUGUCUCCAUCGCCACACUCUGCCAUGUGCCACUUUCAGGUCUCCUCACACUGCUGGUGGGUUCCAAUUUUU